CGGAGGUCGCGCGCCAAGAGGGGCGGAGCGCGUGCGUGCUGAGUUGGGACGGGUCGCGAGAAGCUGCUCCGGGCUCUGUCGCGGCGGCCGCUGCUUCGGACUUGUAGCCGGCAGCCUCUGCGGCUUGAAAAAAAGGGGGUCGCGCGGGGCGGGAUUCUGUCAGGCGAACGCAAGCCGGGAGCCGGGGGGCUUGCUCCGCCUCCUCGGGCCUAAGCCGCCCUCAAGAGCCGGAGACGGGGAAGAACUGGCCGGCCGGCCCUGGGGGAAGCGGAGACCGCCGGGGAAGGAGGCGGCGGCGGCCCAGGGCCCGGCCGCCGCCCGGAACAAGGAGGAGGAGGGAGACAAGGGGACCAUGUCCUCGAGGACUCGCAACAAACUCUCUACCACCGAGCGCGUCAUCAAAGCUGUUCCUUUUCCUCCAACUCGGCGGCUCACAAUAAAAGAAGUAUUUGAAGAUGGUAAACCCAGACUUGAUGUCUUGAAAAGCCACUUGGUGAAAGAAGGUAGACUAGAGGAGGAAGCAGCCUUAAAGAUAAUCAAUGAUGGAGGUGCCAUUCUGAAAAGUGAAAAGACUAUGAUAGAAUUGGAGGCACCUAUCACAGUGUGUGGUGAUGUUCAUGGACAAUUCUUUGACCUGAUGAAAUUGUUUGAAGUUGGAGGAUCACCUGUUAACACACGCUACCUCUUCCUGGGAGACUAUGUGGAUAGAGGCUACUUCAGUAUAGAGUGUGUGCUGUACUUAUGGAGUUUAAAAAUUCAUCAUCCCAGAACGUUUUUCCUGCUUCGCGGCAACCAUGAAUGCAGGCAUCUCACAGAAUACUUCACUUUCAGACAGGAAUGUCGAAUCAAAUAUUCAGAACAGAUAUAUGAUGCGUGCAUGGAUACAUUUGAUUGUCUUCCUCUUGCUGCUCUCUUAAACCAGCAGUUUUUGUGUGUACAUGGAGGACUGUCUCCAGAAAUCAAUUCUUUAGAUGACAUUAGGAGAUUAGACAGGUUUAGGGAACCUCCAGCUUUUGGACCAAUGUGUGACCUGCUUUGGUCUGAUCCCUUGGAGGACUAUGGCAGUGAGAAGACCAUGGAGCACUUUAGCCACAACACUGUCCGAGGGUGCUCCUACUUUUACAGUUAUCCUGCAGUUUGUGAAUUUUUGCAAAGCAAUAGUUUGUUAUCAGUAAUCAGAGCCCAUGAAGCUCAAGAUUCCGGGUAUCGAAUGUAUAGGAAGAGCCAGACAACAGGCUUUCCAUCACUCAUUACAAUUUUCUCUGCCCCAAAUUACCUAGAUGUCUAUAACAACAAAGCUGCUGUACUGAAAUAUGAGAAUAAUAUCAUGAACAUCAGACAGUUUAACUGCUCUCCACACCCCUAUUGGCUUCCAAACUUUAUGGAUGUCUUCACAUGGUCUUUGCCUUUUGUUGGAGAGAAAGUCACCGAGAUGCUGGUUAAUAUUCUCAACAUAUGCUCUGAUGAUGAGUUGAUUUCAGAUGGUGAGGAGACACUGGAAGGAGCUGCAUCACUUCGUAAGGAGAUCAUCAGAAAUAAAAUCAGGGCUAUUGGAAAGAUGGCACGAGUGUUUGCAAUUCUUCGAGAAGAGAGGGAAAGUGUGCUGACUCUCAAAGGACUGACUCCUACAGGUACACUACCUCUGGGUGUCCUCUCAGGAGGAAAGCAAACCAUUCAAUUAGCCACAAUAGAAGCGGUAGAGGCACAGGAAGCAAUCCGAGGGUUUUCACCCCCUCACAAGAUCCGAAGCUUUGAGGAGGCUCGGGGCCUGGACCGGAUUAAUGAGCGCAUGCCCCCUCGAAGAGAUAAAUCAUUCCCUGAGGGGCCAGUAGCAGUGCCGGCAAAUAUAGUGUCAAGCCGCUCAGGGUCCAAGGGCAGCUCAGUGACCAAGGGCAGCUCAGUGACCAAAGGCAGCUCAGUGACCAAGGGCAGCUCAGUGACCAAGGGCAGCUCAAUGACCAAGGGCAGCACGUCUAAGAAAAGCCAGUAAUUGGCAGUAAGCAACUACUGUGGUACCAUGAAUGAAUCCAAAACUUAAAAACAUAUUUUAUUAUUUAUUAUUGGAAAACAAAAACAAACUGAAACCUGGAGACAUGUUCAUGAUGCAGUCUGCAUUCUGUAAGAAAGGUGACCAUUUUGUAAAUUUUUUUUAAUUUAUGUUCAAUAUAAAAAGUCCCGUCUUUUUUCUUUUUUUUUUCUUUUUCUUUGUAAAAAUUUUUAGAAAUUGGUCUGAUUGAUAGUAUACACAUGAAGUAUUGUGCUAUAGGUAAUGCCUGUCCACUAUUCCCCCACCCUUUGUGUAAGAGGGCCUUUGGAAAUCACAACCCUGAGUUUCUGAUUUGAAUAAGUCAGCUAGACCUCUCCAUUUUUUGAAAAGAAUAUCUUUUAUUUAAGUUCAGCUACUUUUUGCUAGGUGCAUCUACUUCUUUAGACAUCAAUAUUGAAGGUCUGACAGAUCAUGGUAAACUAAACCUGUUUCUCUGAUUGUAAAAAAUUUGAUUGGAGUUUAACUUUAAAGUGGAUAACUCCAAUCCUAGGAAUAACUUAAGGUCCACAGGGUGUAUUUACCAUAAUGGCCUACUUUCUUCUGGACUCCAGUUCUUUUUAAUAUAAUUCUAUGGAGCAAAAAAUAAUCAUCAUCAUAUUAAAGGAUUCUCUUAGGAUUACUUAAACUUGUCAAUUGAAGUACUAGAGUGAUUGGUUUAAGUUUUCCCUUUAAGAUUUUGGGAGGGAGAAGUUUCUAGAAAAUCUCAUGUAGCUAGCUAUCAGCUAUCAUUGAAUACAUUCAGACAUCUGCUUCCAUUUUCAUGCUCCAAAUGAGCUGCUAUGCUCUUUCAACAAAGAAAUAGUAUUUCUAAAUGUUUUCUAAAUGCCCUCUUCAAAACAUUUUUACAACUAAAAUCCUUUUCUCUAUUCCAUGAUUGUUCUUUUCUUCUCAAUCCUCCUUCUAGACAUCCUCCUUUGUUUGUUUUUAAUAUUUUCUACAUUUCUGAUUAAAACUGGGCCAAUGGAAAUUGAAUCUAGGGUUACAGGAACCCCCUGUGAAAUGUAAACUUGGAUGAACAACUUUGGUUUUAUGAAUUUGAAAGAAAGAGGUUUUACCACACUCUGAAUUGACCAUUUGAAUUAUCUUUCAUAACCCUUGAUGAAUCAAACACUGUGUGAUCAUCAUUAGACAGACAGCCUUUCCUGUCUGUCUUCUACUUGCAAUAACUUUUGAGUUCACCAUCACCUGGUAAAUACAUUUUAAAGGUCCUUCAAGUGUCUAAUUUUGGUUGAGAAUGGACUCUGGUGUCUUGCUUUAAUAGCUAUUACUCGGCUUUUUGCUGUUUGAUACAUUCUCAUCAAUGCUUAAAAAAAUGAAAAUUUCAGAAAUUCCUUUGAUUCACAUGUUGAGGCAGGGUCACCUCAACAUUGAUGCAAAUAUCUUAUAUAAUAUUAACAUAUGUUGGCAGUUUUAAGGAUUUCAAGGGUAAGUGGGAGAUUACAAAGAAACCCCUUACUUUCUUUCACUAGGAAAUGCCCUGUUUUUCCCUAAUAUUUGUACUGAUUAUAUCCAAUUUUCUCCUUUAUAACAAUCAAAGAUCAUCAGGGUGUAUUUGAUGAUUUAAUACUGUGGCAUGGAUUUCUCUGGUGGUGUAAAGAUGAUAGAAGUAGUCUAAAAAGGGAGAUAAAAGGUCUCUUUGUUGUCUCUGGAUUAGAAUUUUGUAAAGGAAUUGGGGAAGGACACUUGAAAACAAUAUCUUUUUUAUAUCCUUUGAGGAAGUUGAUCAACUGGACAAUCCUCAUACCUUUUUUCACAAUAUUGGAAAGGAUCACUGUCUUUGGGAGAGCUCAACUAAUAAAGUUGCAAAGUACAAUGAGA